AAAGAUGGAACUCUUUAAUUUUAAGGAAGAGAUGCGGUAAGAAAAGGUAUCUACUUCCUAUGGUUGGUGGGAGGAACUUCACAAAGUAAAAGUGGGGACAAACGACUUGGCAGGAUGCAGAACAUGAUCAAUGCGGUAAAGGGGACAGCCCUGGGGAUGGCCGAGUACUUAACCCCUGUACUGAAGGAAUCAAAGUUCAAAGAAACAGGAGUUAUUACUCCUGAGGAGUUUUUGGCUGCAGGUGACCAUAUUGUCCACCACUGUCCAACGUGGCAGUGGUCAGCUGGGGAUGAAUCCAAAACUAAACCAUACUUACCCAAGGACAAGCAGUUUCUGAUUACCAGGAAUGUGCCAUGCUACAAGAGAGUCAAACAAGUAGACAAUCACCAAGAGGAACAGGAAAAAGUAAUAGAAGAGGAUGAGGAUGGAGGCUGGGUAGAUACUCACCACUUCCCUGGUAGUGGUGUGAAUGCCACUUCAAUACAGGAGGCUGUGUCAGAAAUGACUCUAGACAGUAAGGAAAGUAAAGGAUCUUCUAGUUCUCAACCAAAAGGAGACGACGACGACGAUGAUGAUGAAGAUGAUGAUGAAGAGGCGAUGGAUAUGGAAGCCUUUGAGGAGAGCGGCAUGUUAGAGGACAAAGACAAUGCAACACUAAAUCCAAGUACGUAUGAGAGACAGGAGUCGGACGGUGCGAUGGGAGGAGAGAGCGGCAUAAUUCAGACACGCACGUACGACCUAAACAUCACCUACGACAAGUAUUACCAGACACCGAGGCUUUGGUUGUACGGCUACGAUGAGAAUAGGAAGCCGCUGACUGUGAACCAGAUGUAUGAGGACUUCAGUCAGGAUCACAUCAAAAAGACAGUGACAAUGGAGGCUCACCCCCACCUUCCAGGUCCACCGAUGGCUUCUGUACACCCGUGUCGGCAUGCUGUUGUGAUGAAGAAAAUAAUACAGAUGGUUGCUGAAGGUGGCGGAGACCUAGGAGUACAUGUAUAUUUAAUGAUCUUUUUGAAGUUUGUCCAAGCUGUGAUACCAACUAUUGAAUAUGACUACACAAGACAUUUUAUAAUGUGAUAACCUGCAACUAAAUUUCUAAAAAAAUAUUUAUUAAUCUUGGGAACAAUGGACCAGUUGCUAUGGCAGCCAAGCAACCUAGCAACCAGCUAUGGUGAUGGUGUGACGCAGUUGCUCUGGUGAUGUGAAUACCUAUCAUGCUUACCUUCACCGUGCAAUAAACAUUAAUAUCUAAUUCCAUAUGGUUAUCAUGCCAGGAAGCAGAUAAGUUUUAGAUUUCCGUUUGCAUUUAGCUAUCAACAGAAGUUGACUGUCACGUUUAGAAGGAAGACAACAUAUAUACACCAAGUUUCUGUGUUGUAGACAAACAGAAUAUCCCUAAUACCUGAUGUGUUAUCGUGUUAUCAUGUUAUUACAUUCUGUUAGACUAUCACUGCUCACAUACCAAGUAUUGUUGACAAAUGGAUGUAUCCUUUUAUAAUAUGUUAACUGUUAUACAUGAUGUAUAAGAAAUGUUACCCCUGUAAUCUUAUGUUGUUUCCUGUAUUUCACUCCAACCCUGGACUUUUAAGAUGUGUUGCCCUCAGUUAAUUCUGUCAGUCACUUAACUUUUGGUUGUCUAGUCUUCCUUCACUGUUUAAGAUACACUACCUACUGUUGUUUCAAUACAUGUUGUAGAUGUGUAAACAUUCCGAACCGUACCCCUAUUAGAAGCAAUGGGCAGUUAUUCAGCUGACACAUAUAUAACAAUUGGAACUACUAGUAACAUUAUGCACUGAAGGUAAAACAAUGAUAUUUAAAAACAUGAGAUAUGUCCUUAUUUUAAUGCAGGUAUGUUUAGUACUACCUGUCUUGUAUAAUUAAGAAAGUAACAGACUAAUAGACAGAUUGCCAUUAUGUAAAAUAUGAUAACUUGAUUUAUUUUACAACAAUUAUGGAACAAGUGAUUUCAACUUACAUCGAUCACUGUUGUUGGCCGAAUGGAGCACUUGGAGAAAACAAAACAUGGGAUACAGUUUCACAUCCAGUCAAAACAUUGAACCUUGUUCUCUUGGUGAAAGGAAAGUGCAAUGUUUACUGUGACACCCGGACAGCCUACCAAUGUAUAUACAUUAUGUACAGGUGGUCUGUAUGGACAGCUGAUAGGUAUCUUCUUAUAGGUACAUGUAGGGAGCUACGGAUGCUUGUGGUCUCCAGAACAGGUGUGACAAUCACUACAUUUAUACACCUUAGAGACACCUCUGAUGUGAAAUAGACAGAAAUGAUACAUUUAAGAUUAUUACCCAAUAGUCUAUAUAAAUUAUAAUUAGUCAUUUUUGACUGUUUCUUGCCUUUAGUCCAAUUUCGACUGUAGCGGUGAAACAGUCAAAACUGUUUCCCGGUCAGAGCGAACUGUUACCCGGCGUGAAUUAGAUGCGCAGAAAUCCCCCCUCGAGGGCCCCGUUCAAGCAUUUUGGUGACAGCGACUCAGUGUUGAAGUAAUGGCAUUGCAUGCAUCAUUGAUACUAGUGUUUAUUUGGUAAUAAAACAAUUGUUUCAAUGCUAUUUAGGGAACAGUCAAAACAAUAAUUCCUCAGUAGUUGGAAGCCCUGUGGAACUGUUUGGCCUAGCGGCCUCAAUGAAACAAUUGUAUAAUGUUAUCAUGUUUGUAUUUUUUUGUGAUGUGACUACUUUUCAUAUUGAGGUUGCUUUCAUAAACAUAAAAAAAUUAUUUAUGAUCAACAUAUCACUACAACAACACAAGUGAUUUGAAAUUGUCCAAGCAUGGAAAUAAACUCUCAUACCUGAAUAUGGGUUUCUUAUGAUGGUGACUGAUAUAAUUAUGUAGACAGUGACGAAGUUUCGAUUUUCAUGUUUUACAUGACUUGUUGAGUACUACGUGAUUGAAGAUAUUAGAA